CUCAAGUUGUAACGUACAGAGACAGAGAUUCAAAGAAACCGCAUCGAAGUCAUUUGUAUGUGGUUUUAUACUGGUAUAAGAUCAGCAAAAGUUGAAUUGCAUAAAUUGUCAUGUAGUAUAAUCACGGUUGGAAAACGUGUCUACUGAUAUGACUGAGAACAAAUUUGAGAUGGAGGUUGAUAAUCAGAGUGAAGAUGGAGAGUUAAAAAAAAGUCCAGGCAAAGAUAUAGAAGAAUUCAGCUUUUCAGAAGAAGAUGGUGCAGAUACAGCGGACUCAUUGGACAUCAAGCCACCGCAAGCAGUCAUCAGACAUCAUAAAUCGAAUUCAUCUCGCCGACGAGAGAAACACACAGAUCGUAGAGAUCGCAGAGAUGAAAAGGAGAGAAAAUCCCGUCACCAUGAAAGAGGUGACGAGCGGCAUCGGGAUAAACACAGGCAUCGCAGACAUGGUACAGAAAUCACAGAACGGCCUGAACGAACAGAUGGAGCAAAGCGAGACAGAGAAAGAAUGGAAAGAUCAGAAAGAAUUGAUGGAGGACACAGAGACAGAGAGUCUAGACACGAACGGAAGGAACGCAGCACUGGGGAUAGAGUUUUAGAAGAUCUGAGGGAAAGGAAUAAUAUCAGGUUGUUGGAUAAAAGACGAGAACGACGAGAAGAUCCGCGCGAAAUCCGCGAAUACAAAGCCGAAUCCCGAAGAGAAAUUCGCAUAGAAGAAUCUCGUGAAAUUCGAGAAUCUCGAGAACGACGGGAAGUAAGGAUUGAAGAAAGGCGAGUUGAGGAUGUAAGAGAGCGUCGAGAGGUUCGAAACGUCGCGGAGGACCUUCGAGAUCGUCGUGACAUACGUCUCGAAGAGCGAAGACAUAUUCGUGUAGUUGAGGAGCACUUUUCAGAGUCAGAGAUGAUGGAAAAACCUGAAAAACGACAUAAAAGAUCACAUAAACAUGAAAAAAAUCGAGAUCGAGAUAGAGAGAAACUAGAAAGAGACAGAGAACAUAGGGACAAGCAACUUAGAGAAGCAAUGGAUAUUAUCGAUGCUGACGAGGGCGAGGAAAUGGAGGUAAACGAACUUCCGAUGCAAAAUAAAGACCCCAAAGAGAUGACUGAACAAGAAUUACGGAAGGAGAGGCUGCUAGAAGCCGACAGAGAAAUGGCGCGAAGAAAGGAAGUUUCCAGAUUGGAGCUCGAAGCUCGACGGCUGAAGAGAGGGGAAAAACGAGCGCACAGCCCGGAUGUUGAUCAAGAUCCAUCCGUAGUUGAAUUAUCUGAUGAGAGUGUAAGCCCUGCUGCCUCAGAAGAAGCACAGUCAAAGUCUCCUGGUUCGAGACAUUCAUCAGAAGAGCCAGAAAGUGCUCAUGAGAGAUCAUCAGAUCACCAUACAACCGAUUCUUCUGAAACCAGUAGUGAAGACGACGAUGACUCAAAUGAAUCGAAUAAGGGUUCAAAUGAUGAAUCAAAUGACGCUUCGGAUUAUAACAAUCCAAGUCCUCUGUCAGUCGAUCGAUUAGCAAAGUCUGAUCAUUCCGAUGGAGAUUCCCCAGGGCGUGUGGACUCCAAUGGUGCAACAAAGGAUGUUGAGGCAGAAGAGAAACCUGAGAAAGAGGAAGAACCCACGAUACCACCUUACCUACCUGCAAUACAAGGUUGCAGAAGUGUUGAAGAAUUUCAAUGUUUAAACCGUAUAGAAGAGGGUACUUACGGAGUAGUAUACAGAGCAAGGGAUAAAAGAACCGAGGAAAUAGUGGCUCUGAAACGGUUGAAAAUGGAGAAAGAAAAAGAGGGUUUUCCUAUCACUAGUUUGAGAGAAAUCAACACCUUAUUGAAAGCGCAACAUCCAAAUAUAGUUACUGUAAGAGAAAUAGUUGUAGGUAGCAAUAUGGAUAAAAUAUUCAUUGUUAUGGACUACGUUGAACACGAUUUAAAAUCUCUAAUGGAGACUAUGAAGCAGAAAAAACAAGUCUUUAUCCCUGGUGAAGUAAAGUGCCUAAUGCAACAGUUACUACGGGCAGUGGCUCACUUGCACGACAACUGGAUACUCCAUCGCGAUUUAAAAACAUCAAAUCUACUCCUGAGUCACCGUGGUAUUCUAAAAGUGGGCGACUUUGGUCUUGCUAGAGAAUACGGAUCCCCGUUGAGACAAUAUACUCCAAUUGUCGUUACACUGUGGUACAGAGCUCCGGAACUGCUUUUGAAUGGAAAAGAAUACAGUACGCCUAUUGAUGUCUGGUCUGUGGGCUGUAUAUUUGCCGAGUUGCUACGUAUGGAGGCUCUUUUCCCAGGAAAAUCGGAAAUCGAUCAGUUAAAUAGGAUAUUCAAAGAAUUGGGUACGCCAAGUGAGCGUGUUUGGCCUGGAUACAGUAAACUCCCCAUGAAAAUACCAUUCUCUCAUUAUCCUGUAAAUAAUUUAAGACAACGAUUCAGCAUGUCGCUCUCAGAUCUUGGCAUCGAACUGCUCAACAAAUUCCUCACCUACGAUCCAAUGCAGCGUGUGACCGCAGAAGAUGCUUUGAAGCAUGGUUAUUUUACGGAAGCACCUUUACCAAUUGACCCAGCAAUGUUCCCGACUUGGCCGGCGAAAUCGGAGCUUGGUAUCCGGACAGCUAACGCCUCGCCGAAACCUCCAAGUGGUGGAAGGGAGUAUAAACAACUCGGUGACGGAGAUGACGCAGAUAUAAGCUCUUCUGGAUUUCACAUGGGACUUUUAGAACGAGGUAGAGCACCUGCAAUAGGAGGUGGUUUUCACUUAAAAUUUUAAUACAGAUAACUAGUAGUUUGAACUGCGUUUCUUGGAGAACGCUGGCAAUGGUAUUCGUCUUGAAAUAAUAUUGUGAAUAUGAUGCUCUACAUUGCUUUUUCAUACUGAUUAGAAAUGAAAUCUGAUAAAAAGUAAAAUAAUGAAUAGGGAAAAAAAAGGUAAAGUUCCGUAAGAUUAGUAAAUAAUAAUCUUAUUUCAUCAUUCAUAAAUGUACGUAUUUUAUGUCAUAUUCGACAGUCUAACACAUGCCACUCCUGACAACUAGAAGAUAUUUCUAAUUCUUAGUUUUGAUACUAGUUAAUUGUAUUGCAUUUCCACACUAGAAAAAAUAUAUAUUUCAACUGGCGCUAA